AUGUUUUCAGUUACAAAAGAUUUCAUGAAUAAAGAGGCACCUCCAAAUUAUGUUGCCGGCUUGGGUAGAGGUGCAACAGGUUUCACAACACGAUCUGAUAUCGGUCCUGCUAGGGAAGGGCCUGCUGACUUCAGUGAUGCUUUACAAAAGAAAGCACAACAGGAAGAUGAUGAUGACGACGAACGUUUUCAAGAUCCAGAUAAUGAAACUGGACUUUUUGCUUCAGCUCCUUAUGAAGAAGAUGACGAAGAAGCUGAUAAAAUUUAUGAAGCCAUUGAUCAAAAAAUGGAUGAAAGAAGAAAAGCUAGACGUGAAGCUCGCGAAAAGGAAGAAUUGGAAAAAUAUCGUGCUGAACGUCCAAAAAUUCAACAACAAUUUGCAGAUCUUAAACGUGGUCUCGCUAUUGUUUCUGAUGAUGAAUGGGCAAAUCUUCCUGAUGUUGGUGAUCUUGUUGGAAAAAACCGAAAGAAAACUAAUCUACGAGAAAGAUAUUAUGCAGUACCCGACUCGUUACUGGAAAAGGCUAGAGAAGAGAAUAAAUACGUUACUGCUUUGGAUGCACAACAGCAAAAAUUUGGGGGAUUUCAAACACCUGCACCAGAUUCUGGAAUGAUGACAAACUUUAUAGAAAUUGGUCAAGCAAGAGAUAAAGUAUUAAGUUUGAAAUUAGAUCAAAUUUCCGAUUCUGUUAGCGGGCAGACUACAGUCGAUCCAAAGGGAUAUUUGACAGAUUUAAAUAGUGUGGUUAUUAAAAGUGAUGCCGAGAUAGGCGAUAUCAAAAAAGCUCGAUUGUUGCUUAACUCGGUUAUUUCAACUAAUCCAAAACAUGCUCCAGGUUGGAUUGCGGCAGCUCGUUUAGAAGAAGUUGCCGGUAAAUUAGCUCAAGCAAGAACAAUUAUUGCUAAAGGAUGUGAAGAAUGUCCAAAAAAUGAAGAUGUUUGGUUAGAAGCAGCUAGAUUAAAUAAUGCUGACAAUGGAAGAACAAUAUUGGCUAAUGCUGUUAGACAUCUUCCACAGUCGGUUAAAAUUUGGCUACAAUCUGUGAAAUUAGAAACUGAUAUCAAAGCUCAAAAAAAGGUUUUAAGAAGAGCUUUGGAAUAUGUACCCAAUUCCGUGAAACUUUGGAAAGCGGCAGUUAAUAUGGAAGAAAAUCCUUCAGAUGCACGUAUACUAUUAGCACGCGCAACUGAAUUAGUUCCCCUUUCUGUUGAUUUAUGGCUUGCUCUUGCCCGACUUGAGAGUUAUGAAAAUGCCAAAAAAGUUCUUAAUAAAGCACGUGGCCAAAUUCCUACUUCACAUGAAAUCUGGAUAGCAGCCGCUCGUCUUGAAGAACAACAAGGUAAUGAAAAAAUGACUGAUAGAAUUAUUGCCAAAGCUGUUACAGUACUUUCGGAAAAGGGAAGUGUGUUAGGACGUGAUCAGUGGCUGCAAGAAGCAGAAAAAUGUGAAAGGGAAGGUAGUGUUGGGACUUGUCAAGCCAUAGUAAGAAAUACGAUUGGAAUGGGAAUUGAAGAGCAAGAUAAGAAAACAAUAUGGUUAGAAGAUGCGGAAAGUUGUAUUUUACAUGGUUCUAUUGAAACAGCUCGCGCGAUAUUUGCGCAAGCUCUGAAGACUUACCCUGGUAAAAAAUCAAUAUGGCGUAAAGCAGCUUUCUUGGAAAAAUCUCAUGGAACUAGAGAUUCUUUGGAAGAAUUAUUGCAACGUGCAGUUAGAUUUUGUCCUCAAGCUGAAGUACUUUGGCUUAUGGGAGCUAAAGAAAAAUGGCUUGCCGGCGAUGUUAAUGGAGCACGAUUUAUCUUAACAGAAGCGUUCAAAGCUAAUCCAAAUAGUGAACAAAUUUGGUUAGCAGCAGUUAAAUUGGAAGCAGAAAAUGGAGAAUAUGAACGUGCAAGAAUGUUAUUACAUAAAGCACGAGGUAAGGCUGAUACAGAAAAAGUGUGGAUGAAAUCGAUAGUAUUAGAACGUCAACUUAAAAAGAUUACGGAAGCUUUAGCUAUGUUAGACGAGGCUUUGGAUAAAUAUCCUACAUUUGACAAGUUAUGGAUGAUUAAAGGUCAGAUUGAAGAUGAAAAAGGUGAUCUACCUGCAGCUAGGGCUACUUAUGCUAGAGCUUUAAAAAAUUGCCCAAAAUCUGUGCCUUUGUGGAUAUUGGCUUCUCGAUUAGAAGAAAAAGCAUGCUUUUUAAUUAAAGCUAGGGCUACUCUUGAAAGAGGUCGUUUAUUAAAUCCAAAAACACCUGAAUUAUGGUGUGAAGCAGUUCGUGUUGAAUUGAGAGGUAAUAAUAUCAAUAUGGCAAAAGCUUUAUUAGCAAAAGCACUACAGGAAUGUCCUAAUUCGGGAUUAUUAUGGUCAGAGGCAAUAUUUAUGGAACCUCGUCCACAACGUAAAACCAAAUCUGUUGAUGCACUUAAAAAAUGCGAUAAUGAUCCUAUUAUUAUCAUGACAAUAGCAAGGUUAUUUUGGGCUGAACGUAAAGUUGAUAAAGGCAGAACAUGGUUUGAAAAAGCAGUAAAAGUUGACCCAGAUCGAGGAGAUUCAUGGGCAUGGUUCUAUAAAUUUGAAUGUCAACACGGAACAGAGCAACAACAACAAGACGUAAUUACAAGAUGUGUAACUGCUGAACCUCACCAUGGCGAACAGUGGCAGAUUGUUGCAAAAGAUAUGAAAAAUGUUGGUAAGAGUAUUGAAGAAAUACUUAAACUAGUUUCUAAUGUUCUUUCAUAA